UCAUCUCUUAGACGCUGAUUGGUUGCUUCUUGUUUCCGGGGCUCCUGUGUGUUCACCCUGACGUUUCUCGGUCUGCCCCGAAACAGACUGGAGAGAAUGGCUGCCAGUGGAGAGGUAGGGAAGCUGUUACAAGUACAAAAUGGGACACCUCCUACCACCAACUUCAACGGGGUAGAUGCUGUGCACGCCUGCAACAUUCUUCAGCAGCUCAAAGCCUUGUAUGAUGAAGCACAGCUCACAGAUAUUGUUGUGGAAGUGGACCAUGGCAAGACUUUCUCGUGCCACCGGAAUGUUCUUGCUGCAAUCAGCCCAUAUUUUAGGUCCAUGUUCACCAGUGGCCUUACAGAGAGCAGUCGGCGUGAAGUCAGAAUUGUUGGGGUGGAAUCGGAAUCCAUGCACCUUGUUCUAGACUAUGCCUACACAUCCAGAGUCACGCUCUCUGAGUCCAACGUCCAAGCCCUGUUCACUGCAGCCAGCAUUUUCCAGAUCCCCGCUUUGCAGGAUCAAUGUGCCCAGUUCAUGGUCAGCCGGCUCGACCCUCAGAACUGCAUAGGAGUCUUCAUGUUUGCCGAUGCGUACGGGCAUCAGGAACUGAGGGAACGCUCGCAAGAUUACAUUCGCAAAAAGUUUCUGUGUGUAGCGAGGGAGCAAGAAUUCCUCCAGAUGACCACAGAGCAGCUGGUCAGCAUCUUGAACAGCGAUGACCUAAAUGUAGAGAAAGAAGAGCAUGUUUUUGAGAGCAUCGUCCGCUGGCUGGAACACGAUCGAUCGGGACGCGAAGUCUACCUUACUGAGGUUUUCUCUCAGUGCAUCCGUCUGCCCUUGCUGGAUGAGGCCUUCCUCAGUCGGAUUCCCGCCACAUUUGCUUGUGCCCUGGCCUUGUCAAACGAUCCCGCAGAGACCAAAGCCCGCCUCACGGGAACAAAUGGUUGCCCACAGCGACUGGGCAUGACCGCUUCCGAGAUGGUCAUCUGCUUUGACGCUGCCCACAAACACUCAGGUAAGAAGCAGACGGUGCCUUGCCUGGACACCGUCACAGGUCGGGUGUUCAAACUCUGCAAGCCCCCCAACGAUCUCCGUGAGGUUGGGAUCUUAGUAUCGUCAGAGAAUGACAUUUAUAUUGCUGGUGGAUACCGGCCAAGCAACAGCGAGGUGUCCAUUGACCAUCGAGCAGAGAGUGACUUCUGGCAGUACGAGCACGCAGGCAACCGCUGGCUCCCCCGCGCACCCCUGUUGAGAGCAAGAAUAGGCUGCAGACUGGUGCACUGCUGUGGAAAGCUCUACGCUUUGGGAGGACGGGUGUACGAAGGCGACGGGCGAAACGCGCUUAAAUCCGUGGAGUGUUACGACACCAGGGACAACUGUUGGACUGCAGUCAGUCCUAUGCCAGUGGCCAUGGAGUUUCACAGUGCUGUGGAGUAUAAAGACCGCAUCUAUGUCCUCCAAGGUGAAAAUUUCUUCUGCUUUGAUCCUCGGAAGGACUAUUGGAGUCAUCUGGCCCCAAUGACCGUCCCUCGGAGUCAAGGUCUGGCUGCCUUGUAUAAGAACUGCAUUUACUACAUUGCCGGCAUCUGCAGGAACCACCAGCGCACCUUCACAGUGGAGGUCUACGACAUAGAGACCAACACGUGGAGCCGAAGGAGAGAUCUGCCCUUCGACCACGCCACCAGCCCAUACAUCAAGGCCAUGCUGCUGCAGGGCAGGCUCCACCUGUUUGUGCGGGCCACACAGGUCAUGGUGGAGGAGCACGUGUUCCGCACCAGCCGCAAGAACUCCCUUUACCAGUACGACGACGAGGCAGACGCAUGGGCCAAAGUCUAUGAGACGCCCGAUCGCCUCUGGGAUUUGGGUCGCCAUUUUGAAUGUGCGGUGGCCAAACUUUACCCCCAGUGUCUCCAGAAAGUGCUUUGAGGGAGCUGGUUUCUGUGAACCCAAUCUACUUCAGUGGAGGGAGUUGCGUGGUUCUGCCCGUCUUGUGCCUGGUCAUUGCCUUUGGUUGCGCACCAUACGGACGUCUCCUCAUCUGUUCAAACUCCUGGUUAUUCCCGUGAUCAAAACCGAGGGUGCUUUUGAAGAAUGCAGUAUUUCGUUGUUGUUCUUGUUUUGUUUUUCUUCUCCUGACAGCACCAACUACCCACACUGAGACUUGUUUGACAGAACUGUACAACAGAUCAUAAGUGCAAUUAUCCUAUUUUUUGCUUGUUGUUGAGCCAUCUUCUAUUUUUGUUUGAGAUACAUAAAUAGGUCUGGAUUUUUACAAAUCUUUGGCAUGCCAAUAAGGGUGAUGGCAAAUUUACAUGCCCCUUGGAGAUAUGGAUGCUAUGUGUCAGCUAAAUUGAUAUUCUCUCUAUAUAAAUAACUUUAUAAACUAUAUAUUCAUACGGGUAAGAUGAGUACCAUAGCUCAUUAGUAGGUUGCUAGCUCUGAGGUUUUUUUCUUUUCUUGCUUUUCUUUUGGUGUGUCUGUCCAUGUCUGUCUUUGGCUUCUUUUCUAGACUUGUUUUAAUAAUAAGCGUGCUUGUGAUAAUACAUUACCGUAGUCUUUUAAAAAGUUAGAAGCAUGUAUAUUUUUAUUGCCCUCUCUUCCUUCACAAGUCAGUGUGUCAAAACAUACACUAAAUAUGGCUUCAGAGCUAUUUUUUAUUUGUAUUUUUUUUGUUUAGUUUUGAGAUUCCAGUUGAAUGGGGCUCCCGUUCUUUUGAGUGGAUUUUUGUGUGAUGUGCAGAGAAAUCGUAAUUGAAAUCUUGGAGUAUUCGCUCUCCACAUUGGAGAAAGUAAGACAGUCAAAUUUGUGCUAACGCUAAGUGGCAAGUUCAGACCAACUAACAGGUUUACCUCAGAGACGUUCAUUUUUUGUGUGCGACAAACAAGGAGAAAAGGGAUGUUUAUUUUAUUUUUGUAGGCUGAAAACGCAGCUUUGUGAAAUGCUCAGUUCAGCAUUGAUGCUCCAGGUUACUCUUUUGCAUCAGACUAACAUUAAAACAAAUAUUUGAGUUCUUGUUUUGGUUGUUGUGGACAGUAAAGUGGAUUGUGUGGUAGCAAUAAAUCAAGGAACUGUGAUUAGGCUACAUUAUGUCGUAUUUCCUUUAGUAAAAUGUUUUGUUUGCUUGUUUCUGCUGUGGAGAGCAAAGGUUGCUUGAGUUGUGAUUGUUUUGUGGGUGCGGGCGGGAAGCGGCGUGUAAUUUGGUGCAGGACAUGUGUGAUGCCGAUGUGCCUGGCAAGCAGAGGAAGCGUGGAGAUCCAAAAGAAAACUUCCCCUCCUUGAUGAAGAAUAACUGAGAAGUCUUACUCGGCUUUGCACUGGAUCGCUCCCCACUUUAAAAGUCCUCAACUGCAGACUUUGUGAAGCACCCUCCAGAACCAGACUAUUUUACCAAGUGAGGAGGAGUGUCUGCAUUUUGGAUCAUUUCAUUCAACAACCAUGACCUUCUUUUUGUUUUUGUUCCCCACCUCCACAGGUCACGUAAGGACACAAACUGUUGGUGCUGCCAUUUUUUUUUCUCGCUUUCAAGGACAAUCUUGUAGAAAACUAGUCCACCACUCAGUGGCCCUCCUUUAAGAGUCAGCGCUGUCAGGUUUCUCCAGCAGGUUCUUGUGUCUCAUCUUUGCACUACACAUCUACAGAGUCAAUAAAAUGGUGCCCAUCAAUGACGUGUAGUAUAGCAAUCAUCCAAAAGGUUUACAUGGAUUUAAAGAAAUGCAUUUAGUAGGGAUUUGAAGAUACACUUCUCCAAGAGAAGACCCUCUGUUUGAAAGACUUGAAGCUUUUUUUUAAAAUCCCAAUAAACCAACUUCCCCCUCUGCCCCAAAAAAAAAAAAAAAA